UAUUCCCCACAAGAUAAAAUAAACGAAACGUGCUCCCCCGUGAGCCGAAACCCUAAUUUCUUCCGAUCCCCGAGUUGCGGCGUGAUGGCGGCGUCGACGGAACGUCAAUGCCAAUCCGGGUGGCCUAACCUACGGAGAGGUCUCCUGCGCAAAGUCCUCUCCCGGCUCCCGUCCCUCGCCGACCGCGUCCGCCUCCGCCUCCGCGCCGUCUGCCGCCCAUGGCGCACGCGCGCCACGCUCCAGCCUCCGCCCCGUCGCCCGCUCCCCUGGCUCGCCCUCCCGGGCGGCACCGUCUUGGACUUCGCCAACAAGAACACGCACCGUCUGCGUAUUCCAGACGACGACGGCGGCCCCUGCUACAGCGCCGGCGACAAUAUGUUCUUCCUCCACCACAACGACGGGCGGUGCUUCGUGGUCAACGGAUUCUCCGGCGCCGCGACGCCUCUCCCCGAGCUGGCUGCUCUCCUGCAGUCUCACAUGGUAAAUCCCUGCGACGAGAAGAAGUCUGACAAGUUGGAUCGCAAGUCGUAUGACAAUAUGAAGAUCAAGAAGGUGGUUAUGUCCUCCGUGGCAUCCUUACCGAAUCAUCAUCGCGUUGUGGCCGUUCUAGCCAGUAACUGCUCUAAAUCCAGAGUCUUUAUUUCUACAUGCCGACCGGCCGGCGAGAUCAACUCGUGCCUUGUGAUGCGGGAGAAAUCCACCAUCCUCGACAUCGCCUUUUUUCAAGGGAAGAUGUACGCUAAUGUUCACAUGUUCCAGGAGCUUGUCGCCGUCGAUCUCAGAGAUGGCUGCCUCGAUAAGCCAACGCCGCCCGGCGUCGAACCCCAAGUGAAGGCAUACACAUCAUGGAUAUGGCCCCCUGACCUACUACCGGAUAUGUAUCUUAAGGAUCUUUUCGACGACCCUAAGUCAGACGAGAAAGUCGAGCAAUAUCUAGUGGAAUCCAAUGGCAAGCUGCUGAUGGUGAGGAGACGUUUCCUCCGAACUGGCCAUAACAAAUUGACUUGUCGGUUCCAGGUGUUCGAGGCGGACCUCAGGGACGGUCCCCGUCUUGGCCAGUGGAAGAAGGCCCGCAGUCUCCAGGGCCGGGCGCUCUUUGUGGGCACGCCGUGCUCCAAGUCUUUUCGUGCUUGUGAUGUUGAUGGAGCUCAAGGAGAUUGUAUCUACUUCUUGGUCGAUCAUGGCAAUCCCCUUCGCCACUCUGCCGUCUACAACAUGGUAAACAAGACGAUCAUGCCUUUGAUACCGGUGUCAGUGUGGCGGAGUGUAAAGCUAACAUGGGAUAGCCAGCGGUUUCCGGCAUGGUUUUUUCCGGUUGAAGUUUAGUUCUGUACAAGAAGUUGUCGUGCGAUUUGCCGUGCCGUUGGAUCUGGACGCAUCUGAGUCAUAGUUAUUGUUUAACCCGUUGUUGAUCUUUGCUUAUUGUACUUCGACUUUUUGGUGGGUUGAUAAUGUAGACCAAAACACUGUGUACCUCGACUCUGCUUAUUGUUCUUUGCUCAUUGUGUUCUGUUC